UUCAAUUCCUCUUCAUUCAAAUUAUUGCAUUAUUUAACAUCGUUAAAUAAAUUCGAAUACAAAUUGGAAAAUUAUGGGUGAAUUAGUCGAAUUGAGAACAUUCCAACUUACCCAGAUAACAAUUCCUCUCAAGGAAUUGAGAAAAUGGAGACUUUUUGACACCAUCGGCGACGGUUUUUUGCAAAAUGUUCGUCUCGCUCAUGCCUUCGUAGACCUUGGAUUUCUUGUGAACACGGACGAUGAUGUAUACGGGUUCGGAACCGGACUCAAACGAUGUCUUGGUUGCGGCAGUAUCACAAAGACGGCCAUACCUGUCAGAAUCGACCCCCUUUGUGGACAAGCCGUUAAAGACUUCGUCAUUAGUUGGAAUGAAGGAAUAUGUUCUUGUUUCGCAAUAACCGAGGAUGGACGUGUCUUCGCGUGGGGUGAUAAUAAGCAUCGCCAACUGGGGAUUGGAACGAAUGACGCAUUAAUGUCUACCCCUUCUUUAGUUAAGUUUGACGACGGUGUGAAAAUUGAUAAAAUUACGGUGGGAUAUGAGCACACUCUCGCUUUAACAAAGGACACGGGCGCGGUGUUUUCAUGGGGUAGAAAUAAUUAUGGCCAACUAGGCCUAGGAAACAACACCGAUCAAAACAAACCUUGUAAAGUCACGACAAAUCUUGGGAGCAUUAGCGUCAAACAAAUUUCUUGCAGCAGAUUUAGCUCGUUCGCAUUGAGCGAAUCUGGAGACGUGUACACGUGGGGCAGUAAUUCCUAUGGCCAAUUAGGCAUAGAAAAUACCACAUCUAUCAACGUACCAACUAAAUUAAUAACUGACAAACCUAUAAAAAAGAUAGCAAAUGGGAGUGCACACACACUUUUACUGUCCACAUCUGGGGAGAUCUAUGUUUCUGGUUAUAACGGACAUGGGCAAUUGGGCACCGGCAAUACCACAUAUUUAUCCGUGCCCACCAAGUUAUCUGGAGAUUUAGGAAUAUUCGAUGACAUUUCUUGCACACCGUUCAUUAGCCAAAGUUCCGCCAAGGCUGCGGAUAGAGUUUAUGUUUGGGGCCAAAUCCAUGACGCAAUCAUUUGUAGUAAGCCAACAGAAGUGGAGAAUAAUUUGUCAAAUUUUCCACACCACCCUACCUUGUUUAAGGGGAUGCGACAAAGUAUGUGCAAAUCCCUAUGUGCAUUAGACUAUGCAGAGGAUGCUGGCACCAUCCCAGGAACGCAGAUAACAGUGAUAGACGGGGCAGGGACCGACGUGGCAUUUAAAGUGGACGGGGACCUGAUCAAGGCUCAUAAAUAUGUGCUUGUCUCGCGAAGUGAAUACUUCUCAAGGAAAUUUUCAAACGAUUGGAAGCAGCAAGAAAGCCCGAUUGAAUUGCACGAUAUGAAACGGGACACUUUCUACGCAUUGCUGUACUGUCUCUACACUGGAAACUUGUAUUUCUCGGAUGCGGAAGUUGAUAAAAUUUUAGAUUUGAUGAAACUGGGCGUCACGUUUUGUGAGAAUGGUUUAAUGAGAAAAUGUGAAUCAGUUUUGCAGGAGCAGAUGACGUUGGAAAAUGUGCUCACAAUUUAUGAGGCGGCUAGAGACUGCCAAGCGAAAAAUCUGCGUGAUGUCGCGUUCAAUUUUGGCGUGUGUAAUUGGAUGGAGAUAUCGAAUAAUGGGCUACUUGACAAGGUCGACUUGAGCAAGGAAGACUUGAAGCAGUUCACGAGGGCUUGGGCAGCAAAAUGUAAGGACGCAGGGGUUGGUGGAAAUCGUACAGGUCGUUGGUGGAAAAAGUAAACGGUAGUAAGCACAUGUUCGGAAGUGACUUCAAUGAGAAAUUUUAUGUUAAUAUUCCAACAAUAAACUUUUACCGAGUUAUAAAAUCAA